CCAAGGUCUGACGCACGGCUGAAAUGGCCAGGUACUUGUCCUUCUUCUUCUUUUCCUUCUCUUUCUCUUUUUAUCCUAUGGUUUUGUCUCAACUAUCCUCAAACCAAAGAACCACUAUGAUCAAUCUCUCCAAGAGUCUAAAUGUCACUAGCAUUUCAUGGGAUAUCAACGAAGAGCCAAACCCAUGUUUGUGGAAAGGAGUUAGCUGCAAUCCCCCUUCCAAUUCAUCUGUUAUCAAAAUUUCAUUAUCUGGGGUUUUUCUAUCUUCCUCAGAUUUUCUGCCCCUUGUUUGCCAGAUUGAGUCCUUGCAGAUUCUUGAUGUUUCAGAAAACCAUCUGAUCAAAAUCCCAUCUGGGUUUCUCUCAGAUUGUGGAGAACUUGAUGGGCUGAAGCUACUCAAUUUUAGCUAUAACAAUUUGGAGGGUUCUUUGCCUGUAUUUGUUGGUUUUGCUGGGUUGGAGUUCUUAGACUUGUCUCAUAAUAAGUUGAAUGGAACCAUUGAUUUAGAGUUAGAUGGGUUAGUUGGGCUCAGAAGCUUGAACCUUAGCGUGAACUAUUUCGCUGGCUCUGUUCCUAACCGUCUUGGAAAAUCCAAGGUCUUGAAGGAGCUUCAGCUUUCUAUGAAUAUGUUUCAGGGCAAAAUCCCCGUUGAUAUUGUGAGCUACCGCAAUUUGACUCUGAUUGAUUUUAGUGUAAAUUAUAUUUCUGAGUCUGUUCCUGACAGAAUUGGAGAGCUCUCCAAACUUGAGGUUUUGAUUCUGUCGUCCAAUAGUUUAUCUGGCGAAAUCCCACAAAGCCUUUCGAAUAUCACAAGCCUUACCCGUUUUGCUGCAAAUUCUAACAAAUUCAACGGUCCAAUUCCUGAGGGGAUUACAAAACAUCUGAGAAAUUUGGACCUAAGCUAUAAUACCUUAAGUGGGUCGAUUCCAUCGGAACUUUUGUCUCCAUUGAAUCUGCAGACUCUGGAUUUGUCUAAUAAUAGAUUAAAUGGUUCAAUUCCUGCGGGAAUUACAAAACAUCUGAGAAAUUUGGACCUAAGCUACAAUAGCUUAAGUGGUUCGAUUUCAUCGGAUCUUCUGUCCCCAUUGAAUCUGCAGACUGUGGACUUGUCUAACAAUGGAUUAAGCGGAUCGAUACCUACAGCUCUUUCUCCGAGCUUGGUCAGAUUGAGAUUGGGAAGCAAUUCACUUGAUUAUGUAAUUCCAACUGCGGCCAUUGCCACACUCCAAAACUUAACUUACUUGGAGCUGGAAAACAAUGCAUUGACCGGAUUGAUUUCUCCUGAAUUGGGUUUUUGCCAGAAUUUGAUGCUGUUGAAUUUGGCUGGGAAUCAGCUCUCCGGGUCUCUGCCAAUGGAGUUGGGUAAGCUUAGCCAUCUUCAAGUCUUGAAACUUGAACUUAACCUUUUCACUGGACAAAUCCCAAUUCAAAUUGCUCAAAUGUCGAAGUUGUCGAUUCUGAAUAUCAGCUGGAAUUCUCUGAAUGGUUCAAUACCACCUUCGGUUGCGAGCCUGAAGAAUCUCAUUAACAUGAAUUUACAAGGCAACAAUCUCAGUGGUUCGAUACCGGAAAAUAUUGGCUCCAUGACUUCUCUGAUGGAACUCCAACUUGGAGAAAAUCACUUGAGCGGUGACAUUCCAAGCAUGCCAACUACUCUGCAGAUUGCUUUGAAUCUCAGCAGCAAUCGUUUUAAAGGAGAUAUUCCGGUAACUCUUGCCAAGCUCACGGGAUUAGAAAUUCUGGAUCUCUCAAAUAACAAAUUCUCAGGUGAGAUACCCACAUUUUUUGGGCAGUUGGGAGCCUUGACGCAGUUGAUACUUUCCAACAAUAAGCUUUCUGGAGAAAUUCCAAAAUUUGGUUCUUGGGUCUUCGUCAACACAAGUGGAAAUGAGGGUUUGACAAAUACCAGUCACACAGAACCACCAAGAACUUCACCCAAAUCGGAGAAGGCGAAAAUGUCAUGUGCUGAGAUAAUUUUUCUUGCAGUUGUAGCAGCUGUUUUUGCUGUCGGAGGAUUCACCAUCCUUGCUAUAUCACUAUUAGGAUACAAAUUGGUAAAAAAAAAGAAACUGAUUGCUCUUUAGGCGAUGAUGUGAAUUCUUUUACCUUUGCUUUUUACAAGAAAAUGUUUUGUUAUUAUUUUUCACACA